UCUUUCAACGCCUAUAUGACUCUGUGGUCUGGUUGAGUUGACUGAGGUAGAGAGUUAAAAUUUCGAAGUGAAGUAUUUUAAGGGCUAAAAGCAUAUUUUAACUAAUAAGCCACCUGGUUUCGGGGGGUUCUAUUGGGGAUCGAUAUAUGGAGAAAACCAGAGAGUAGAAGUACUUAGAUGGAACCAGAGACUGCCUCCGUGCUCUUCAGGCUCAGGUCUGGACAAAUCCAGGUUGGUGCCAUACAGAAAAUGUCUUUUCCACCACACCUCAAUCGUCCUCAGAUAGGGAUACCUCCACUUCCUCCGGGGAUUCCCCCUCCUCAGUUUGCUGGUUUCCCUCCGGCUGUACCUCCUGGAACACCGAUGAUUCCAGUUCACAUGGGCAUUAUGACUCCUACACCAGCUGUACUUGUUCCGACAACUGUGCCCAUGGUGGGAAAGCCAAUGGGUCCCAGAAAAGAUUUCCCUGGAGUGAGAAACAAGGAAAAUGAGGAGAGUGGGGGCCCCACCACUACAGUGUUUGUGGGAAACAUUUCAGAAAAGGCCUCUGACAUGCUCAUCAGACAACUUUUAGCAAAAUGUGGCUUGGUUCUAAGUUGGAAGAGAGUUCAAGGUGCUUCUGGAAAACUCCAAGGUAAAAACAAAACAGCUUUUGGAUUCUGUGAGUACAAGGAGCCCGAGUCAACAUUGCGUGCUCUGCGUCUGCUCCAUGAGCUGCAGAUCGGCGACAAGAAACUACUGGUGAAGGUAGAUGCCAAAACUAAAGCCCAGCUGGAUGAGUGGAAGGCCAAGAAAAGAAAUUCCAAUGGGAAUGCCAAGCCGGGCGACAAUGCAGAUGAGGAGGAGGAGCUGGAUGAGGAGACGAAGCGGCGGGAUCAGAUUGUGAAGGGGGCCAUCGAGGGGCUGAUCCGCGAGUACUCCAGCGAGCUCAAUGCACCCUCCCAAGAAGCAGAUACCCACCACAGGAAAAAGAAGAAGGAAAAAAAGGAAGAUGAAGAUAUAAAUGCAAUAGAAAUGGAAGAAGACAAAAGAGACCUGAUUUCGAGAGAGAUCAGUAAAUUCAGAGAUACACACAAGAAGCUGGAAGAAGAGAAGGGGAAGAAGGAAAAGGAGCGUCAGGAAAUUGAAAGAGAGAGACGGGAGAGGGAGAAGGAGCGAGAACGGGAGAGAGAGCGACGGGACCGCGAAAGGGAGAAGGAACGGGAGAGAGAGAGGGAGAAGGAAAGAGAAAAAGAACGAGAGAGAGAACGGGAGAGAGAUCGGGACCGGGAGAGGACAAAGGACAAGGAGAGGGAGAGAGAACGAGAGAAAGAACGGAGCCGCGACCGAAGCAAGGAUCGCAGUAGAUCUCGAGAAAAGAGCCGUGACAGAGAGAAAGACAAGAAGCGAGACCGGGAAGAGGAUGAAGAGGAAGCAUAUGAGCGAAGGAAGCUGGAAAGGAAAUUACGCGAGAAAGAAGCAGCUUAUCAAGAGCGACUGAAAAACUGGGAAAUCAGAGAGAGAAAGAAAGCUCGUGAGUACGCGAAGGAAGCUGAGAGAGAGGAGGAGAGGAGACGAGAAACGGCAAAAGAAGCUAAAAGGUUGAAGGAAUUCUUAGAAGACUAUGACGAUGACAGAGAUGAUCCCAAAUAUUACAGGGGCAGUGCUCUCCAGAAGCGACUGCGAGACAGAGAGAAGGAGAUGGAAGCAGAUGAGCGAGACCGGAAGAGGGAGAAAGAGGAACUGGAGGAGAUCAGGCAGCGGCUUCUGGCAGAGGGUCACCCAGAUCCUGAUGCUGAGCUGCAGAGGAUGGAGCAGGAGGCAGAGAGACGCAGACAGCCCCCUGUAAAGCAGGAGCCUGAGUCAGAAGAAGAUGUGGAGGAGGAAAAGACCCAGAAGGAAGAGAGAAGGGAAGGUGUGGAGCCGGAGCCCCAGUCCGAGGAUGAAGUAGAGGAAGGUGAAGAAGAGGAGGAGGAGGAGGAAGAGGAUGAGCCUCCUGAGUCCAAACCCUGCCUCAAGCCCACGCUUAGGCCAAUCAGCUCUGCCCCUUCUGUUUCCUCUGCCAGCGGCAAUGCCUCCCCCAACACGCCUGGGGAUGAGUCACCCUGUGGCAUCAUCAUUCCCCAUGAGAAUUCACCAGAGGCUGUCCCACAGGAGGAGCUGCGGCCGAGAAUAGGACUCAGCCUCAAACUCGGGUCCUCAGCUAGCCCUGGUCAGCCCAAUGCAGGAAAGAGAAAGAAACUGGCCGUUGACAGUGUGUUCAACAAGUUUGAUGAUGAAGAGAGUGACGAGUUGCCACGCAAGAGAAAACUGGUGCCCCUGGACUAUGGGGAAGAUGAGAAGGGAGCUGACAAGGGUAACGUCAACUCGGAGGAGAAGCGUAAGAACAUCAAGAGCCUCAUUGAGAAGAUCCCAACAGCCAAGUCAGAGCUCUUUUCCUACCCCCUGGAUUGGUCCAUUGUAGACACGACACUGAUGGAGCGACGAAUCAGGCCCUGGAUCAAUAAGAAGAUCAUAGAGUACAUUGGUGAGGAGGAGGCGACUCUAGUGGAUUUUGUUUGCUCAAAGGUCAUGGCCCACAGUACACCACAGGGCAUUUUAGAUGAUGUUGCUAUGGUACUUGAUGAGGAAGCCGAAGUCUUCAUUGUUAAAAUGUGGAGAUUAUUGAUCUAUGAAACCGAAGCAAAGAAGUUUGGAAUAAUGAAAUAAAUCACCGAAGGGGGAUAAGAACUCAUUUUUGGUUAUCUUUCUUUCCGUGCACUCUUCAAACCAACAGACAUUUUUCUUCCCCUUCUUUAAGAGUCCAUUGAGGGGGCUGAUUUUUAAAAGCAAGAAUGUGAAAAGGUGGUUAUUUCUUCCAUUUUUGUUCUCUUGUUCCUUUCUAUCAGAAAGCGUUGUACAUUUUAUUACAUGACCGCUCUUUUGUGUGUGUGCACUACCUGCUGUGUGCCCAGAUGAACAACAAGUGUCCACAUGGCCAAAACUUAAUUUUUGGGAUAGUAGUUAAAACAUUUGCCGUAAGCUCCUUAUCAGCCCUUGGUCAGGUGUCCAUUUCAGUUUAAGUAUGUCUAUGUACAUUAAUGCUCUGGUCUUUUGAUAGAGUGCUGGUCUAAGGAAGUAUCAAGUCUAAAAUAUUUAGACUUUUUACACAUUCAUUGGGAUCUAAUAUGUCUGAUUCUAUAACUAAAGUGUUUCAGUUCUGUUACAUGCAGAAUUAAACCUCAGCAGGUUAAAAAAAAAUCUUUUGCUGCAGACAUUUUCCAUAACAUUUAUGUUGACAUGAGAGCUAUAAAGGUAAUCUUGAUUAUUCAUUCCUGACCCUCAGACAUGUGAUUCGAGACAGUCUGAUGUAUUUAAAACUUUUUCUGUAGUUUAAUACAUUUUGUAUGAUUUCCAUUUAUUGAAUUCCGUGAUGCUUAACAAGGCUGCAACCAGUCUAGAAUUUGACUGCCUCACAGUAAAUGACUCAGGGUUUUCUACUGCUAUAUAACAGAACUUUGUAGAAAGUUUGACUACCGUUUGUGUAAAAAGUCCCUGUACUUGACCUUCAGUCAGAACCUGCUUAUAACUGUUUAUAGCCAAUACUCUGUAUAGCUAUCUGUAUAGAGUUCCCAAAUUAUCCCUGGACCUUUAGCUGGGUUAUCUAAAGCUGUGUUUCAACUGUUCAUUUCUGAUGUUUGGCAAAUGCUAACAAUUUUCACCUUGUUCACCUUUUUAACUAAAUUUCAUUUUGUACUGGGUAGGGUGUUUUAAUUUUUUAUAUGGUAGAACAUAAAAGGUGAAAGUUCUAAUUUUUCUAUGCUCGACAGUUACUGCUAAUCUUGGGCAGGUUUCAUUAUUCCCAUUUCACAAUGAAACAAGACAUGCUAGUGUUUUCACUAGGUCCACACAACAUAAGAGUAGGAUUUUCACAUUUACAGAUGAGUGGAAGAUAUCCAGGAUGUUUCUUGUAAAUCUAGUUUGCUUGUAACCUAUAAUUUCAGACAUUUGAAAACUCCCAGAUUAGUUGAGAGAAUCUUGCUAUUUCAAAUAUGGCAUUUUGAGUAAAUGAUUUGGCACAGUUAGUCCUGUUAACAUAGCUUGGUGUUGGGUAACUUUGCUAUGAUAUCAUUAUGCAUGGAUGUCUUGCUAAAGUUAACUAUGGUCUCUUAUUUAAAACACUGCAAUUCUUAUAAAACUCUGUCAAGACCAUAGAGCAAAAUCUAGGUGACCGCAGAUUCCAGCAUAAAAUCUAGUGCCUGUAUUGUGGGAACUUGAAUAAGUGUUUUCCUUAACCUUUUAAGCAGCAGCUAUAAAUUGUACCUCAUUUUUUAAUGUGGCAGAUCAAAUGUAUUAAGAAAUGAGUGUAUUGGAUUUUUUUAAGAAAAAGUAUCCCAAAUCACUUUUGGCUUCAGUCCUGGAAGUAGAGUUCAUAGCAUCAAGACAUCAGUUAUCAAGACAGAAGAUUCCAGUGACUCUGAGACACGGUUAUGUUGAAAUAAAGGCGAGUAACUUUAAUGCUAAAGCUGUUUUGGGUUAAUAUUUGAAAAGUAAUAGAAAUAUAGAAAUUCCAAUAUAAAAAGUUUGCUUAAUGAUGUAGUAUCCCUUUUGUUAUUUCUCAGAAGUUAAAAUAUGAGGGUUCCUAAUGAAGGAAUUGCACUUGUGAAUCUACAACUAAAGUGAUCAAGAGCAGUUUUACCUUUUUUAUGGCAGUGCCAUACCUAAAAUUGUAGUAUGUGUGGCUUUAAAUUGAUAAACUGUUUAAAAAAACCAGCUUAAUUUAAAUAAAGAAAAACCUCAGUAUGAAAUGGAGUAACAUAUAGAUUGACAGGGCUGACCUGCACUCUUUUAAAGUGCCUGGGCCAACGCGAUCAGUUUAGGGUGCAUUUAGUGCAGAUAAGUGAAGGAAAAGAAAGAGAACAUUGGAAGGUCUGUUGUGUUUUAACACUAAACAGACACAUAAAGUAUAGUCAUUUUGACCCAACUUGACUAUAUGACACAUUUGUGCAGUUUGGAAUAUUUGUGGCUUGUAAAGGUUUCCUGUGUCGAAUCCCCCAAAGCUGUGUUCCUGUUACAGUUCUUGAAUUGUAUAUUAGGAAGGAGAGGCCCCCCAGUGCACAUUUAUUUUUGUGACCCAGUGUAAAUUUUCAAACGUCAUUUAAUGUAAAACGACUCAGCUUUUCUUAAUAUGAAAAAUGGUUCUGAUCAUGGAAUGGCCAUGUCGUGGUGGAAUGGAAUAUCCUAGCAAUUUAACUCUGUCCGUGAUCUGUGGCUUUAAUUUUUGUUUUAAUAAAAUUCUUUUUAUAAUCGUU